CGAAAAUCGGGACGCAAUCACUCACACCCUAAUCGCAUUGCACGCAUCUCUUCGUCUCCAGUCUUUCUUUCUCCCUCUCUCUCUCUCUCUUAGCCCUUCCACAAGCGGCGCUCAACAGAGUUGCGAGCGGCAGCGGCCAGCGUCCACCAGUCCACCAGUCCGCCAUCGAGCAGUGACAAUGGGAGGUUCUGCUAGGAGCGACGACUCUAGUGAUGAAGAAGAUGCCACUUGGAAAGCUGCGAUUCAAUCGAUUGCUUCCACAACCACUUACGGCAGCCAGGUUUCCAGCGCUUCCUCUUUCGGCAAUGGCGUAGCAAAAUCUCAUGCUCCACGAAAUGGCGACGACGAGGAUGCAGAGAAACCCCGCGAUCCCCAAAAGCUCAAGCACUACCAGAUUAAGGCGCAGAAGCUAUUGGAACAAUUGUUGGAGAAGUCCCUUGAUAUAGUGGAAGAUGGCGGGGAGGUGCCGGAUGUUAAGCAUGUUCCAAAUGAAGGUGGUGUCCGACUGUUCAAGAACUCCCCUGUGGGCAUAUUGCUUGAUAGUAAAGGUAAAUUUGCCAGCUUCAUUUCUUUUGCUUUGGCUUUUCACUUUGAUUUGAGAUUUGUAUGUGGGACACCAGAUGACAUUCAGCGCCCUACGAAGAAACCAAGACUCGUUCCUCAACUUGCUAUUGAAGAGAAUUCGAAGAAGUUCAGACGAGAAGUCAAAUCCAUAACUGUGGAUGGAGCAGAGAUAAUUGCUGCGGCAAAAGACGCAGCUGAAAGAUCAUUAGCCAGAUUGAUAGCUAAAGAAGCAGCAGCUAAAGAAAAGGCCAAGAAGGAAGAGGAAAGAGUUGCUGAGCUAAAAAAGACCAGGGGAGAAAAAUGGCUUCCUUCUAUUGCCAAGGAAAUGCAGAUGAAUGGAAGCUCGAGGCGAUGAUUGAUAGACACCGGUUUGGCCACCCAUUCAGUUUUGUUUUACUUUUGAAGACAGUUGGGGAGCUAGAGGGUUUAGUGCCUAAUGAACUUGUAGGGGGAGGGAAUAUCCUGAAUGACCUAGCAGAGAGGAGAUUUCAUAUGCCAUGUUGUAUUCUCACACAUGCAUUGCUACAUCUGUGUGGCGAUUUGCUAGAAGAGAGCUUCAUCAUCUUCUCUUUAAGCUUCAUUGGGCUUAUCGGAACUGUAACAUCUUGCUGCACUGCAAGGGAAGCAUUCAAAUCCACUGGGUUCUUAGUAAACCCGCCAUCUGAACAGAGGUUUGUAAGCCAAGCUGCUUGCUUGAGAGAUCUAGUUUUAGCUGGAUGAGCUCCCUAGGAUUGGUGCAUAUGUUCUUGGUAUUAGCAUCUUGUAGCUGUGACAUGAAGUUCAAUAACAGCAACAGGUUUUGAAUUUGAUUCCUUAACUCCAUUUCGUCAUUAU